AUGGACACCGACGUGGUAGCUCAGUUUACUGAAAUCACCGGCUCCACGCCGGAGCUUGCCACACAAUACCUGCAAAUCACGGAUUUCAACAUCGAGCAGGGUAUGCAGCUUUUUUUCGAGAAUGGAGGAGCGCCCUUGACAAGUGAAUCCUCUCAGCAUCAUGGAUCCGGAACCGCUGGCAACGCGGAGGUGGUGAACAUUGACUCGGACACGGAUGAUGAUACCCCACAACGCUCCGCUGCGCCCGCUUUCAAUGAUGAUGAGGCCAUGGCCCGGCGCCUUCAAGAGGAGAUGUAUGGCGGCCCGGAUAAUGAGGAUGAAGUGAGAGCGCCUAUGGCUCGCACAACGGAGACUUUGGUGGGGCCCGGUGCGGAUUAUGAUGAUGAUGGCGAUGACAUGCACACCAACAUUCUAAGUCAACUCCGAGCUCGGCAAAGAGCAGGCAGAGCUGGAAUCUUCAACCAGCGGGAAUCGUCUUCGAUAUGGACAGGCGGCGAUGACGGGCGCCGCGAAGAGCUUUCCGCUGCCACCGGAGGCGCUUCAGAUGCCUCGUCCAAGUCCAAUAUGCUCGCCGAGAUGUACCGCCCACCCUUCGAAAUCAUGUCCCGCCUACCAUGGGAUGCAGCUCGCGACGAAGGAAAGGACAACGAGAAAUGGCUCCUGAUUAAUGUGCAAGAUGCCUCAGUAUUUGACUGCCAAGUGCUCAACCGGGAUCUUUGGAAAGACACUAGCGUGCAAGACACCGUCAAGGAGAACUUUAUCUUCCUCCAAUACUCCAAGGAUGACCCACGUGCAUCUUCAUACAUCCAGUAUUACUUCCAAGGAAGCGACGUUUCCGAUAACUAUCCUCACAUUGCCAUCGUCGAUCCCCGAACUGGUGAACAAAUGAAAAUCUGGUCUGGACCACCACUGGUCAAGCCAGCCGACUUUCUCAUGCAGCUGCAUGAAUUCCUCGAUCGCUAUAGCUUGAAUCACAACGUGCGCAACCCUGUGGCGAAACGGAAAUCGGAGAAGAAGGAAAAGACCAUCGAUGCCAUGACAGAGGAAGAAAUGAUGGAAAUGGCUAUGCGCAACAGCCUGGGCGGAGCUGGCGAAUCUGGCGCGGCAGUUCAAGACCCAGAUGACCUCACUCGCAGCACGGAGGAUGUCAAGGGGAAGCGCCGGGCUGCUGAGCAAGAUGUAAGCAUGGAUGAUCCAGAGCCAGUCGCCGCCUCUCCAUUUGCGUCUAUUCCCUCCGACAAGCCCCAUCAGGAACCCGAAGCGGAUCCUGCCACUACAACUCGCAUUCAAUUCCGACACCCCUCAGGCCGCGUGAUUCGACGGUUCGCCUUGUCUGAUCCCGUUCAACGGAUUUACGAAUGGCUCAAAUCCGACCAUCCUGUGGAGGACAAGCUUGGCGUGGAAUUCGAUCUCAACAGCAUGGGACGCAAUCUGAUUGAUCAACUCUCCACCAGCAUUCAAGACGCUGGCCUCAAGAACGGCACGGUGAUGAUUGGCUAUUUGGAAGAGUAG